GGUGGAGUGGCCGGGAGAUGAUGGCUGAUGAAGAGGAAGAAGUCAAGCCGAUCUUGCAGAAAUUGCAGUUGCAGUGUUUCCCUCCUCAUGACUGUGGUAUGUGAAGUGUUGAGUCAUAUUAGAAGCCCUGCUGGGGCAGGGAGAGAAAACGGUCAUCACAAUACAGACACUGACAUGGGACAACAUGGGACCAUGAAACCUGGCCUGGGGAACUAGUGGAUCAGCUCUAUUCAUUUCGAGACUGCUAUUUUGAGACACAUAGUGUUGAGGAUGCUGGGAGGAAGCAACAGGAUGUGCGGAAGGAGAUGGAGAAGACCCUACAGCAGAUGGAAGAAGUAGUGGGUUCUGUCCAGGGCAAGGCGCAAGUUCUGAUGCUAACUGGGAAAGCACUAAAUGUGACUCCUGACUAUAGCCCUAAGGCUGAGGAGCUUCUGUCAAAGGCUGUGAAGCUGGAGCCCAAGCUGGUGGAAGCCUGGAACCAGCUGGGUGAGGUGUACUGGAAAAAAGGGGAUGUUGCAGCUGCCCACACCUGCUUCUCAGGAGCCCUUACCCAUUGCAGGAACAAAGUCUCUUUGCAAAACCUGUCAAUGGUGCUUCGCCAGCUGCGGACUGGCACUGAAGAUGAACAUUCUCACCAUGUCAUGGACAGUGUCCGACAGGCUAAGUUGGCUGUUCAGAUGGAUGUCCAUGAUGGCCGCUCCUGGUAUAUCCUUGGGAAUUCAUAUCUUUCCCUUUACUUCUCUACUGGCCAGAACCCUAAGAUCUCCCAGCAAGCCCUCAGUGCCUAUGCCCAAGCAGAGAAGGUUGACAGAAAAGCUUCUAGCAAUCCUGACCUUCAUUUGAACAGGGCGACGUUGCAUAAAUAUGAAGAGAGUUAUGGGGAGGCCCUGGAGGGCUUCUCUCGGGCUGCCGCCCUGGACCCUGCCUGGCUAGAGCCCCAGCAACGAGAGCAACAACUUCUGGAAUUCCUGGAUAGAUUAACCAGCCUCCUUGAGAGUAAGGGAAAGGUGAAGACCAAAAAGCUGCAGAGCAUGCUGGGAAGCUUGCGCCCAGCCCAUCUAGGCCCUUGCGGUGAUGGGCACUACCAGUCAGCCUCUGGGCAGAAAGUGACCCUGGAGCUCAAGCCACUGAGUACGCUUCAGCCUGGGGUGAACAGCGGUGCCGUCAUCCUGGGAAAGGUGGUGUUUAGCCUUACCACAGAGGAGAAAGUCCCCUUUACAUUUGGCCUGGUAGAUUCAGAUGGACCUUGCUAUGCAGUGAUGGUGUACAAUAUAGUGCAGAGCUGGGGAGUGCUCAUUGGAGACUCUGUAGCCAUCCCUGAGCCUAACCUGCGUCUUCACCGAAUUCAGCACAAAGGAAAGGACUAUUCCUUUUCCAGUGUUCGAGUGGAGACGCCCCUCCUGCUAGUGGUGAAUGGGAAGCCUCAGGGAUCCAGCAGCCAGGCUGUUGCUACAGUGGCAUCGCGACCACAGUGUGAAUGACUUUCUUUGACUUGUGUGCUCAACAGGGACUGGAGGAGAGGGGACAAGGCCCUGUGCAGUUGGUCCAGCCACAUCCAGUGAUUCAGCAGGAAUGGGAGGAAUGUUUUAAAUGAACUUUCCUUUUCCCUGCUUGUAUUACACUUCGUAUCUCUUCUCUCUCCUCUGUCCUCAUCAUGUUCCAGCUCUCUCCAGGGCCACAUACUCUUCUGGCUUAUCUCUCCUGUCUCUUCCACUGCUCUCUAUGUUUUAAGCAAAGAGCAUGGAACUGGUAGAAGUCUUGGGAUCUUGCCAUGGGACAGAGUCCCCAAGGUUCCUGUUGUUGCCUCCUUCCUAAGCCUCAUAUGUAUAUAUCAGUUCAGUAUUUAUUGCUAAAGGAGGGGGCUUAAUUUUGUAAUGGCUUUGUUUUUAGCAAUUUUUAUUGUUAUUUUUAAAAUGUAGGUCCUUCCUCUUCUUUGGGGCUGGAACAGAAUAAAUUUGUUUGGAAAA